UGACGCGUUUUGUCAAAAGAACGACGGACGGAUAGUGGGGUUGAAAGAUUGGUGAAAAGUGAGAUCGGUGUAGGGGAGGGGCAGGAGUACCCUUGUAGCUGCUCCAUACAGACGAAAAGCACAUCUGAUCUAAAUUAAUAAAAAAAUAAAAAAAUCGCGACCGCGCUGACACAGAAUCGGGGGAUUAUUCGAUUCCGGUUGGUCCUGCUCUACUCGGGUGGAUUGGAUUCGGUUAGUCGCGCCGCUUCGCCAUCGCUAAGGCCGCCAGAACAACACAAUCGCCAUUAUAUGACCCACUUCCCGGCGUCGCUGCUGCCCUCCAUGUGGGUGAGGGACCUGUGCGUGUCGGGCUAUGGCGAGAAAAACAGUUAGCAGGAAAAGAAAAGCAGGGGAGCCCAAGGAACAACAGUUUGAGUGGUGUCAGUCUGCAUUUAAGCGUGCCCGUGUGUCCAGCUCAGCGUGUCAUGCCCAGCACUGGCGGCAGGGCCGGCAGUCGGUGGUGUGCUCUUUGAGAGGGAGGGAGUUUCGCCCGCAGCAGCAGCAUGAGUGGAGCUUCCAGCGGAGUCUACGCGGAUUUGCUGCUGGACGCAUUCCCUCCAUCCUCAGAGAGAGAGAAUUCUCCCUUGGACGCCUCAACAAGGUUUUCGCUUCCCAGUGGCUCAACCACAAACAGGUGGUUUGCGGGACCAAAUGCAACACGCUGUUCGUGGCAGAUGUCUUCUCAGGACUGAUAACCAGGAUCCCCAUGCUGAAAGACCGAGAGGGCAGGGGAGAGGUCUCGCAGGGUUUGGGUGGAGUGGGAAACCAUUUCCACAGUCCUGGAUCAGUCGGUGGUCUGGAUGCCCAGCAGGGAUGUGGCAUCCAUGCCAUAGAAUUGAACCCCUCUCGUACCCUGAUGGCCACUGGCGGAGACAACCCCAACAGCCUGGCAGUCUACAGACUACCCACACUUGACCCUGUCUGCGUUGGAGAUGAUGGGCACAAUGACUGGAUAUUCUCCAUUGCGUGGAUCAGUGAUACCAUGGCUGUCUCAGGGUCUCGUGACGGCUCCAUGGGUCUGUGGGAGAUAUCAGAGGAUGUGCUGACUCAGGCAGACAAGCAGCAGAAUGAGGAGGGUGUUCCCUGUUACUCACACAUCUCUCACCGUGCUCUUAAGGACAUCCCCAAGGAAUACACCCACCCCUACAACUGCAAAGUGCGCGCACUGGCCUUCAACAACAGCCAUAAGGAGCUGGGUGCUGUUUCUUUAGAUGGAUAUUUCCAUCUAUGGAAGGCAGAAGACAACCUGUGUAAGGAGCUUUCAACCAAACUCCCUUACUGUAAGGAAAAUGUGUGUCUUGCUUACGGGCUGGACUGGUCUGUUUACGCAGUGGGCUCUCAGGCACACGUUUCCUUCCUAGACCCCCGGCAAUCGUCUCAAAACAUCAAAUCCGUGAGCUCCAGGGAGCGUGGCAGUGGUAUCCGCUCUGUGAGUUUCUAUGAGCACAUAGUGACAGUAGGCACUGGCCAAGGCUCCCUGCUCUUCUAUGAUAUCAGGGCCCAGCGUUUUCUGGAUGGCAUAGGGGGAGGUGGGCACUGGAAUCGCAGUCCAGAGGGUAUUCUGAAACUUACAACAGGCACAGGUUGGCUGAACCACGAUGAAACAUGGAGAAGCUACUUUUCCGAUGUCAGCUCCUUCCCGAACGCUGUGUACACGCACUGCUACGAUGACUCCGGCACCAAACUCUUCGUGGCCGGCGGCCCUCUGUGUUCUGGUCUACACGGAAACUACGCUGGCCUCUGGAGCUAGCCUCCAUUGACCCUCCUCUUCUCUCCCUCGCACCAUCUGCUAACAGGCCAUUUUCCAUCCUCUCCACACUCCUAAGAGUGCUCUUUCACUUCCUGUUCAACCUCGGUUCAAGACAUCUAUUUUUCAAAGGACUCAGGAGAACAGAUGUGAUUUUUCUACCCUUUUUGUGUAUUCGUGUCUCUGUGUUCAUUAACCUGUUGGACUCUUGAAUCCAGAAAAUCCAGGAAAAAGAGAGAUGUGCCUGACAAUGAGACCUGACAUCCCGAAGGAGUUCAUUCACUCCUGAAUGGAUGAAGGUGUUCGGAGAACUGUGAAAUAGUGUAAAAAUAUAUUAAAAUAUUUUAAAACAGUCUCUCUGGGCAGUGGGUUUAUGCUUUUUGUUUCAUAUAAAAGGGUUAGUUCAUCCAAAAAUGAAAAUACUUUCAUAAUUUACUAAACCUUUAUGUUGUUCCAAACCUGAAUGGCUUGCUUUCUUCCUUGGAACACGAAAGGAGAUGUUAAGCAGAGCGUUUACAAUGAAAGUGAAUAAUGGCUAAAGCUAACUUGCAGAAUAACAUCCAAGAUCUCUGAUUGUGUUUCUUGGAAGAAAGUACGUCUUGGAACAACAUGAGGGUUAGUAAAUUAUGACUGAAUUUUUAUUUUUUGGUGAGCUAUCCCUUUAAACCUUUUCUUUUUUUCUUUUUAAAGAUUGCCGUGUCAGAAACAUGGCAUGUUUAGUUUGUUUUUGGUGUUUAUUUUUCGAAGACUGGGCGAAAAGCCCCCCCCUUCUUGCCUCGGAUGUACUAAUAUGGCAUUGGGGAUGCUUAAAGGCUGAGAAGAGGGAUUUGGAGAUGAUUCUUGGUGAAAUGAACAGACAGCUUGACCGUCAACCUCACUGUGUAUUAGUGGACACUGAUGGUCUGAGGUAAAGACUGCGGAUAUAUGAAGAAUUUUGAGAAUCAAAUGUGGACAUUUGUCGGACAACAGUCAAUGAAGACUUGCCAGUUGUUUUUCAUUUUCCCUUUAUAUAUUCCGAAAUAAUGGCAGUGAGAGACAACCGUUGGGAAUCACAGAGACUGUUUGUGUUAUGAUUGAGAUGUCUUGAAGAAUGGCCCUUUUAUUGCUGAUUCUACUAACACACACACACACACACACACACACACACACACACACACACACACACACACACAUCGGGAUUACAAUUUUUUCCUCUUAUGACAUUUGACAUAAUUUAUUUUGUAUUGUUGCCGUCACUAGCGCUCAUGAAGUUCAGGUACAAUCAUAUUUUUUGUGUUCUCCUCUGCUUAAAGACAAGGCAGUGUUGUGUGACAUUGUUGCCUUUCCAGAGUCUUUCUGUGAAAGACUGUUACAGAUCGAUUUUGUUUUGACUUUUUCUUUUUUACAUGAAAUGCUUCAUGGAAUCAUCACAAAGUUGCUAGAACAAUGGACAUCGGGACAGAGGAUAUAUUAAGCAGAAAUUAACCAUCACUUUUAAAAUGUAUUUUAUAUAUACAUGUAUAUGUAUACAUAUUUGGAAUCUAAUAGAGGGAGAAUACAGUUUAUAUAAAUGUCAGAGGAUAUAUGUGCGUGCGUGUGUGAACUAAUCUGUCAUUAUUUUGGUGGUACCCUUUUUUAUACUCACUUAAUGAAUGUUUUUACAGAUUAUAGUGUAAAGAUAUUGUACAAUAUCAAAAGAAACAGCAACAAAAACAUGAUCCAUUCUUCAAACGGAUAUUAAUAAAAAAGCAUUGAUGUAUUUUUCUUCCAUUUUGGCUCUGCAUUGUGACUACUUGAUACGUAUGUGAAUAUUAAAGGCUGCAUUUAUUAUUGAUGCUGAUAGAUGAGAAGUGUGACUUGGCUCAUUGAUCAAUGUGUUAAGAAUAGUACACUGCUGUGAUUAACUGGAUUAAAUUCUUAUAAUCAGAAAGUAUAGAAUGUGCAUUCACAAAGGAUGAUCGCUCAUAUUAAGUACAUAGUACUUAGAGUACAAUUAAAGUACAAGUACAUAGAGGUGUCACUUUUGAGGUUUUAAAAUAAGGGACAAUUUGGGUUGGAUCACGGCCCCUAACCACAUCCUCCAUAGUUCUAGCAAUAAAUACGUUGUUAAUAUGCGUUGUAUAUGUAUGUAUAUAUAUAUAUGUAUGUAUAUAUAUAUAUUAAAAAAAAUUGUAUAUCCUUAUAUGCUAAAAUGAGAGCUCUCCUGACCCAUGACUUUAUAAAAGAAAAUACAUCAUUUAUAUGUUAAAAAUAUAUUUAUUUUAAUUUGUUUGAUUAUUUGUCUUCUUUAUCUUUUGUAUGCAUUUUGGAUGGUUUAAACAUACAUUUUAUUUAUAAUUUUUAUUUAUUUUAUUUAUAAUUUUUUUUCUUGUCUUUAUGAUUGUAUUCAUGCAUUGUUUGAGCUUAUUGAAUAUAGAAAAACCCCACAGUUUUACCACCGUUUGUGGACUUUUCAGGCGAUCCCUUACCACAAUCCCCUACAGUUAUAGCACAAUGUAUGGACUUUACAGACGGUCCCUUACGUGGGUAAAAUCGCUUACUGCACUUUUGAAGAUUUUUUGCAAUUAUUUAUGUGCAUACUGAUUUACUAUUAAAGUGCAAGUGAGCAUGUCAGGGUGUUAGUGAGUGCUGAGUGAACAUAUAAAAAAUAUAUAUGAAGUUUUAAAAAUAAUUAGUUAAUAAUACGAAAUGUAAUGAAAUUAUUACUCUAAAAAAAACUUUAAGAAAAGAUGAAGUAUAUUUGAAACAACAGGUUGUUUAUCAUUUAUAUGUGAUUGAUGUAGAGCUAAUAAUUAAAAAAAUGUAAACAUAUCAUUAGCCACUGGACAUCUCCGUGAACAAUGCCCUCCUAUAUUAUUAAUGAUAGGCCUACUAUUGUGAAAUAGAAAGAAUUGAAAUUUGUAAAUCGUAAAUGCUUCAAAUUCACCUAUUUGUAUGUGCAUAUAAUAAUAAAAAUAAUU